UUUAGAGACAUUGCACUGGUCGAUGCCGAGAAGAUAAAACUUUAUCAUGAGAUGUGUCUUGCGUCUCCCAUUAUCCCAGCUGCAGCCCGGUCUGUCUCCCUCCAAAUCGGCAUCGUAUCUGCAGUCGAAAAUUGCCUGUUGGCAUCUGUCCUGCGACUCACUGCCAAUAUCAACACCAUUCGGUUUUCUGAUAUUUCAUGGGAUAACCUGCCCCAGGAGGUGCUCGACGUACUCUGCUCCUAUCCUCUCACCAAAAUAUUGCUCAACAACGUCGUUAUCCCUUCGAUCCCUUCCUUCUCUUUUUUUCGCCGUUGCACCACUCGUGUGCUUGUUGAUCUCCAUAUCUCUGGCAUGCUCCGCAUCGGAAAUACCGCAGAAGAACAGGCAGUAAAUGUAGCAUCUAACGACAAACCUGUAGCAAUUCGGUCUUUGAGCCUAUGGUGCCCAGGUACUGCACGAAGAGCGAUUCGUGCUAUCCUUCUAUCACCGUCAUCCCCAUUCCAUCUGCGCAUUCUCGCGAACGUUGUCAUGGUAUUCACCCUAACAGGGAAAGAUGGCAUCGGAUCAGAAAGGGAUGCCAUUCUUCUACGCGACUUGAUUUCAUCAUCGAGCUCUCAGGAGCUGAGGACCGUGAGGAGCAGCUUUGAUAUACGAGCACCCCCGUCUUUCAUUCUCCGUUUUCCCCCUGCCACCCGCCAAGUUUCAUUCACCAUCGCCACUUCUCCCCUUCAAAUGAUCCCCUUUCGGUCGAGUGCAGUUUUACGAUGGUGGAUCGAUAGUCUCCUGCGGUCCGAAUGCUAUGGCUUGGAGCAACUGACCAUUUUCACUACAAUGCUGCUGGGUAUGUGGGUCAUGGACGAUGAAGCGCUAGAUGCGUGGGCUCAUCUCGAUGAUGAGCUUUCCUCGUCGAAUUACUCAAAGGUGAAAGCCGUGCAUAUUGGUAUAGAACAUCGAGUACUGUUUUAUAACCCCGCACACCGUGCGAAUGCUGCCGAUAUUUUAACCAAGUGUCUGCCCAGACUAGCGAAAAAGGGAGUCCUGAAACUGGUAUGUGGCCAGCUGGGACUCCAUGGGCAGGCACCGUUUGAAGCACAGAACAGGGGAACUGAGUACUGAUUACGGAAAGAAAAAGUGUACCUACAGUAGAGUAAUAUAGGCGUCUUCAAAUGUGAGAAAAGUAGCCAACCUCUGUUACUUCACUCAGGUUCUGACGAUGAUGAACCGAGGAAAAUAAGUAAUGUUACAUCC